AUGGAGAGGCUGGAGCUGGAGCUGGAGCUGGAGUCCAACCCUCGCAAUGGUUAUAUCCUCGGCCCGUUGAUCUUUGGCCCUCUAUCCGAGAAAUUCGGCCGGAAGCAACCCCUGGUUGCCGGUGUGACUAUAGCUUCGCUAUUUGGUCUGAUGCCGGCCUUGGGUCAAACCCUGGCUACGGUUCUAUUAGGCCGGUUCUUCGCUGGUUUGUUUGGUAUUGCUCCGAUCGCGAUCCUUGGAGGGAUCAUCACAGAUUGCUGGAAUGCAGUUCACCGUGGAGUUGCUCUGGCUCUGUGCAUCUGCCUGGUCUUCUCUGGCCCGACACUCGGGCCUAUUGUUGGGGGAUACAUUGUACAGAGCUCCAUCAGCUGGCGAUGGACGAUGUGGGUGAUGAUCAUCUGUGGCCUAGCUGUCUCUUUGCUUGCUUUGUUCACCUACCCAGAGACGUAUCCGCCGAGCGUUAUCCAGAGAAAAGCAAAACUGAUGCGCAAGAAAACCGGAAAUGAAAACAUUCGCUCAAAACUUGAUCUCGAAGAAACCUCCCUCCGCCAUGUAACACAGACCUACUUGAUACGUCCGUGGAUCCUACCCAAUUGCCUUGGGGAGGUGCGCGGCUGGAGCGCGGGGAUUGCUACCCUUCCCCUGCUUGGGAUCAUCGUCGGCAUACUGAUGGGCACGGUGGUGGUUAUUAUCUACACCCAAACCUAUUUCAAGCGAAAGGUGGAGGCAAACGAUGGCGUGGUUAAGCCUGAAGACCGCUUGCCCUUGAUGAUACUUGGCGGCUGUCUUGUGCCUGUCGGGCUAUUCUGGUAUGCGUGGACAUCUAGCCCGUCAAUUGCCUGGCCAAGUGAGUGCUUUACUUAUAUCAUUGACUGCUAUACGAGCGCCGCUAACAGUGCGAUGGCUGCGAACGGUGCCGUAAGGAGUGUCUUUGGUGCAGCAUUUCCUCUUUUCGCUGACUACAUGUAUCAUAAACUCGGCGUUGACUGGGCUACCAGUUUGGUCGGUUUCAUUGCUGUGAUCAUAAUUCCUGUUCCAGCAGUCUUCUGGCGAUACGGAGCUCGAAUUCGAGCCCGAUCAAAGAGCAACCAGUCUGAAGAGUGA